GGCCACGCGAGAAGUUGCCGCUGCCGCCCGGCUGCUGCGACUGGGGCGAGCUCGUCUUCGCCCACAGGACCAUGAGCGAGCCGUCGAGCGAGGACCCUUCGUCUGGGGGCGAGGGCUCCGGCAGCGGAGCCGGCGGGGGCGGCGCGGGCGGCGCGCCCGGCAACAAGGACAGCAAGCUGUACGAGAAGCCCAGCGGCGGCAAGAAGAAGCUGCUGCGCCUGCUCACCGUACUCGCCUACGUCAUGUCGGUGUCCAUGGCGGCCAUCAUGCUGUCGCUGUACUACGUCUUCCUGUGGGACCCGCACGGCACGGGCCCCCGCUACGGCCACCUGGCGGCCGACCCGCAACCGCCCCUCAACUACACCCAAGAGGUUUCGGAGUCGACGCCUCUAUGUUCAGAGAUAGACGAUGGAAGUUCUCCACAAUUUCAACCACUGCAUCAGCAAGUGGAAGCUAGCAGUAACAUCACCAGCAAUCUGACAUCACUGGUUUCAAGUCCACCUGUUCCGCACACAACAAUGAACCAGACAGCAUCUGAACAACUGGCUACAUAAAGUGGUACUGUGGCAGUGCAACCCAUGUUUCCUCAAUGUCCGAUGCGAAUUAUUUCCUUAUUUGGGUAUGAAAUCAUGAACUUCGCAUAAGAAAACUAUUGGUUUCAUGUUCACAAGCUGCUGCAAUAAACUGAUGCUGCUCCGGAUGCUGGACAAAAAAUCAAGAAAAUGCAGAGACAACUAGAAUAUUAAUCAUAAAUCAUAACUUUGAUACUGAAGAUUUACAGAGGUUUUUAAGUUGUGGAUGCUUGUGAUAUGAUGAAGUAAUUCCAUGGCAUCAAGACUGAUAAUUAUUUAGUGUGCUUCAAACUUAGGCUACAGUAUCAUUUUUGUCCCCUCCUUAUGGCUUUUUACCUUAUUUUUGUUGUGGACGUCACAUUAUAUUUAGACUGUUAAGUUUUUUGUGCUCUAAUCUUAGUAUCAACAACAAUAGUUAAGACCACAAUUGCAGAUCUUAAUGUAAAAAAUUGUAAUAUAUAUAUAAUGCUGAAGCAAUCAGCACAAUUUUAAAGGAGACAAUAGGAAAACAAUAAAAUAAUGUACCAGUGAAAUAUUUUUAAUGUUUUAUAUGCUGUGAAGACUAUGAAGAUAAUGUUACCGCUCUACUACUAUGUAAAUUAAAUAACUGCAUUUUGAUGGAAUUAAAAAACAUGAAAAUUUUACAAUAUCCAGUUCCAUAAAAGAUAAGUUAAAUAUUAACAUAAAACACACACACACACACACACACACACACACACACACACACACACACACACACACACACAGAGAGAGAGAGAGAGAGAGAGAGAGAGAGAGAGAGAGAGAGAGAGAGAGAGAAAUGGAUGGUUGUGGGAACACUUUACUAUACUGUGUUGUGUUAUGUACAUGUCUUUUUAAAGACACAGUAAUUCUUUCGUCUGCAUGAAAAUUUCUCCUAAUUCUAAGGUGAAACAGUUUUAUAAAAACUAUGUUAGUUGUUGAUUGUUACACAAUUUUUAAUAAAUAUAUAGAAAUUUUUUUACUGUUUUAAUACAACUGUCAGCAUUUUCUAAAUCAUUUACUUCCAUCACUGCUAAACCACUGCCUCCAUAUCACCAUCAUUACUUCGUGUUAACUGUCAAUAAUAUGGCAAAAUAAUAUUUUAAAAGUUAACUCCUUUCACAUCAGAGAACCACACAUGACAUCAUUUAAAUCUGCGGUUUUUUUAAGUUUGAAAAUAAGAAUUUGUCAUAGUGUACGACCAGUUUCUUGAGGUCUGCAAGGAGAAGUGGUCACAAGCACUUCUCCAUAUGAUACAUGCAACAACAGUGCAGGAAUGUAACAAACAUCUGAAGGGUACUUUUCUAGAUGCACCCUUCUAUUUUCAUGAACAAAACUGCUGCUGAUGUGGUGUCUUUCGCUGACUGCACUACAUGCAACAAUAGUCCAGGAAUGUAACUGAAACAUUUUAAGGUGACAUUUCCAGAUGCACCUUUCUAUUUCCAUUAACAAAAGUGCUCCUGCUAGGGUAUCUUUUGCUGACUUCACUGUAAACAGUUCCUGUGUUACGUUAUAUUGAAGUCAUCAUUAACAGUACAGUGUUA